AUGAUGAAGAGCACCUCUUACUUAAUCUCCCUCGUCACCUGUUUCCUUUUCCUCUCGUGUGCCGCCGCCCAAUUACUCAUCGACACCACCGGAAACCCCGUCAUCCGUGGAGUCCCUUACUACAUCUCCUCGAUCGGCCGGGGGGCCGCCGGCGGCGACCUCUCCCUGAUGAUCCCGAGCUUCAACAGCUGCCCACUAGACGUAAUUCAGAUGCCUUCCGAUCUCAGCCCGGGCCUGCCCGUGACCUUCCACCCGUCCGAUCUCCGCCCAGACGGGCCCAUCAACGCCCGGGCCAAUCAGAAGAUCCAGUUCACCACCUCACCCAUAGAGUGCAAGAAGGGCAUCGUGUUGGGCGUACGUGCCGACCUCUCCCUCGGGAGGGUCACCCUCUCGACUGGGGGUGUACUCGGGAACCCGAGUGGGCAGGACCCGAAUUACUGGUUCAAGUUCGAGCCGUACGGCCCGAGGGGCCCGAAUACUUGGUUCUACUUCCAGUAUUGCCUGGCGUGCGAAAGGUGCAGAAUGGCGGACCAAUGCGCGAACAUGACCGUCAUCUCGGAUGGGCGCUCGAGGCGUUUGGCUGUGCCUGCGUCGGCGGAUGAGGCGCCGUUUAUCGUUAACAUCAGGCCAGUGGCUGUGCCCGCGUCGGCGGAUGAGGUGCCGUUUAUCGUUAAUCAGGCCAGCGGCCGGAGCUACUGA